UAAUUGGUUAAAAGAAAAUAUGGAGUGUCAAUGGCAUUAUUAGAGUGGCAAUAGGUUUGUUUAGCCACACACCGCAUAACACUCCUCACAAUUUCUUUUAUUAUUAUUUUUCUAUUUUUUUUUGUAUAUAUAGUAUACAUACAUACAUCAUCUUUAAUCUCUCUCUCCCAUUUCACUUUCACAAAUCACAAAACAACCCCAGAAAAACAAUAGAAAUAUUAUAACACCCCAAAAAAUACCAUAUUUGAUAUUCCUCCCCCCAUUUGGACUUUCCCCACUUCAAAGAACCUUCUUCUCUGUUUCGGUGAUUUCUUGUUCAAUUUUUCAUUCUUCCAUGGAUUUCUUCCUCCCCAAUCAAUUUUUACUCUUCCUAAUUUCCAUCAUUCUUCUCUUCAUUUCCCAUUCAUAAAUUCCUUCAAUUCACCUAAACCAAUUUAUUAUUUUUUUUUAUAAAAAAAAAAAAAAAAUCGGUUUAGAUUGAUAGAGAUUCCAUCAAAAUCAUGAGACCUCAACAGCCACCACCGCCCGCCGCCGCCGCAGCAAAAAACGCCAACCGUCGGCGGCGCCCCGACCUAACCCUCCCCCUCCCCCAACGAGACACCUCCCUCGCCGUCCCGCUCCCCCUCCCACCAAGCUCCGCCCCAUCAUCCUCCUCCUCCGGCUCCACCACCACCACCACCUUCACCCACCCCCUCGAAUACGCCGAGCUGGAUCGAAUCAGCCGAAUCGGCAGCGGCGCCGGCGGCACCGUCUACAAAGUCCUCCACCGCCCAACCAACAAGCUCUACGCGCUGAAGGUGAUCUACGGCAACCACGACGACGCCAUCCGCAUCCAGAUGUGCCGGGAAAUCCAGAUCCUCCGCGAUGUGGACAACAUCAACGUGGUGAAAUGCCACAACCUGUUCGAUCACAACGCCGAAAUCCAGGUCCUUCUCGAGUACAUGGACAAAGGCUCUCUCGAGGGGACCCACAUCCCUCACGAACCCUCCCUCUCCGAUCUCGCCCGCCAGAUUCUCGCCGGACUCUACUACCUCCACAAGCGCAAAAUCGUCCACCGAGAUAUCAAACCCUCGAAUCUCCUCAUCAAUUCCAAACGGAUCGUCAAAAUCGCCGACUUCGGUGUAUCGCGCGUCCUCGCCCAAACGAUGGACCCUUGCAAUUCCGCCGUCGGCACCAUAGCUUACAUGAGCCCCGAACGAAUCAACACCGAUCUCAACCACGGCCAGUACGACGGUUACGCCGGAGAUAUCUGGAGCUUCGGGGUCAGCAUUCUGGAGUUUUACUUGGGGAAGUUUCCGUUUUCUGUUGGGAGGCAAGGUGACUGGGCUAGUCUUAUGUGCGCCAUCUGUAUGUCUCAGCCGCCGGAGGCGCCCUCCUCCGCCAGCCGGGAGUUUAGGGAUUUUAUUGCUUGCUGCCUUCAGAGGGAACCGGCCAAGCGGUGGACGGCUGGACAGCUGUUGAGACAUCCCUUCAUUUUGCAGUAUGUUUCUCCGGGGAGUAAUGGUAGCGGCGGCAGCGGCGGUAAUUCGCUGCAGCAUCAGUCUCAUCAGCUAUUGCCGCCACCGCCUCGUCAGCAUUCGGCUUGAUAUUGCUACAUUAGAUGGAAUUAUCCAUUUUCUUUUUCUUGGUCCUCUUUUUUUCUUUUAUAUGUUGAAAUUUUUUAUCCGGUUGAACUUUGUGCAACUUUUAUGAUGGUGGUGGUGGUAGUGGACCGGUGGUGCCGUGGUGGUGGUGGUGAAUGAUUAUGGUUGUUUAGGGGAAAAGGGAAGCGGUAAUGAAUGAAUUCUUGGUAUUUUUUUUUUUUUUUGUAAGGCCAAAAUGUAGUUUCGGAUUUCAUGAGCAAUCGAUCAAUCUAGAAAUUUUAUCAAUCGUGUAUAAUGGUCGAUAAAUGAAUGAAUUUUUACUUUUAUGGGAUCA